AUGUCUUCAGAAGUUAGAGCAAGGGUCUCCAAUCAGAUGGCUUAUCGAGUAAAGAAAGCAGCCCUUUUGGUGUUGGAGGGAACCAUCAUGGAGCAAUAUGCCAGACUUCGAGAUUAUGCGAAUGAGCUGAAAAGGGUGGACCCUUCUACAACCGUUGACAUAAAAUGUGAUUUCAGCAAGGGAGAGAGCCUUCCAAUCUUCAAGAGGAUGUAUAUCUGUCUUGGAGCUCUAAAAAAUGGAUUUCAAGCGGGAUGUAGGUCUGUGAUUGGGCUAGACGGUUGCCAUUUGAGGUCUGCAUAUGGGGGUCAGCUCUUGAUAGCUGUUGGCAUUGAUGCCAACAACACUUCAUGGGUGAUUGCCUACGCAAUGGUGGAGAUGGAAAGCAAAGACUCGUGGAUUUGGUUCCUAGAGCUUCUGUGCAAAGACCUGAGUAUACUUGAGGAUGGAGCAGGUUGGACUUUCAUCAGCGAUAAGCAAAAGGGUUUAAUCCUUGCCUUUGAAGAAGUAGUUCCAUUCGCCAAGAUUAGAUUUUGUGUGCGCCAUAUGUGGACAAAUUUUACGAAGCUGUUUCUGGGAAAGGUACUAAAGGAUCAAAUGUGGAAAUGUGCAAAGUCAACUACACUUCCUUACUUUGCAAAGGAAAUGGAGGAGAUGAAGGCUUUGGAUAAUGAAGCGUACAAAUGGAUGACACAUAAGGAUAGGCCUCCACAACAUUGGUGUAGAGCACACUUCGAGACUUGGUCGAAGUGUGACAUUAUGAUCAACAACUUAUGUGAAAGCUUCAACUCGUUCAUUUUUGAUGCUAGAGCAAAACCACCAGUGAGUAUGUUCGAGGAAAUGAGAGUGAAGCUAAUGAAAAGAAACCAAAUCAGAAAUGAUAAGAUGCAAGCAAUGGUGGGAAAUCUGUGCCCCAAGCCUAGAAAAGUACUAGAAAAGAACAAAAUGAAGGCUGCUUCAGAUUGCAUUUCUAUCGGGAAUGGUGGUGACCAAGUGGAGGUGGAGACUUUUGAAGGAACCAAGAAUGUGGUCAACCUUACGGCAAGGACCUGCACAUGCCGAAUGUGGGACUUAAGUGGUGUUUCAUGCAAGCACGCGGUCUUAGCAAUAUACAACAAUAGGGCAGAUCCGGAAAACUUUGUUGCAGAUUGCUACUUAAAAAAGACGUACCUUAACAUUUACAGCAAUUUGAUCAAGCCGGUUAACGGAAUGGAGAUGUGGACUAGGAGUGAAGAACCACCAAUUCUGCCUCCACAGUAUUCUAGACAGCCUGGAAGGCCACGAACAAAGAGGAUUAGAGAUUUAUCGGAGAAGUUGGCUGCACAGGGAACAAAGCUUGGAAGAGUUCAGCGGUCGUUGAAGUGUAGCAAUUGUCAAAGAAUUGGCCACAACGUGAAGACAUGUCACCGACAUCUUCCACCAAAAGAUAAGCAAGCUGCAAAUGUAAACAAGAAAAGGAAACUCAACAAUGGAGAAGGAAGUUCAUCUCAAAAAGCCCAGCCUAAACCUGGAAGAAAGCCACCAUUGAGUAAGAAUGACUUGAGGAAAAACCAUCUAAAAGUGGUUGAAUAUCAAAGGAAGAAGAUGGCUGCAUUGAAGGCAUGUAGAAAAGCUGCUGCUGCUGCUGCCACCCCUGCUAACUCUACCAAAGCUGCUGCUGCUGCCACAAAAUCCAAGUCAACCAAAGCUGCUACUGCUGCUGCCACAUCUACCUCAGCAACCACGAGGCCUCCGACAUCAAGUAAAGCAUCAAAAGGCCAAACUCCAACACCUUCCAGAUCAUCUCAAAGGAUUAGGCAGAAUUCCAAGCAAGGGGGAAAGUAG